CUGAUUUACUGGAUGUAAGGUUAUGCUAGUCAGCUAACUUUUAGCUAGCAAUAGCAUACAUUAGCAUGCUAAAUGCUAAGAGAUAUUUGCUCCUUGAUUAAAGCAAUAAUGUUAUAAUGUAAUCUAGUAGAGUGCAUAUUUUAUUAAUUUACAUUAAUCGCAAGCACAGAAAACAAGUUUAGAAGAGAAACACGAUUUAUUUGUGACGUUGUGUAGAUCAGAGUUAGUAAGUAAGAGAGUUAGUAAAACGGACAGCCUGUGUUUUCACAUUUUGUUUUGUUUUUCCAUGCACGUCUAUGGCAUUUUUUGUUUUAAAUCAUCUGUUUUAGCUGCAUGAUUUUCAAGUUUCAUUCACGACUGCAGGACCGACGUUACGGGACGAGUUGCACACCAAAGUUGGGUGACGGGUUUAGGCUAUGAGCAAUAAUAACUGUUGAUAUAAUAAUAGCACCUGACUGUUCAGAGAGAGACAGAUGUAAAAUAAUAGCUAACUUCCGAUGAUAAUGUACCAUCAGUACCAUGACUAUCAUGAGGGUUAACAAAGAAGUCUAAUGAGUCAGCAUCACUCUCAACUACACGUUAUUCCACAAACUCAAUUUAAGUUUGACCACCAGAUCACCCAGUGCAUGUAUUCUGCUGGGACCAUCAUGACGUAAGACAGACGUUGAGCAGUCUUCAGUAAAGUGAAUAAUCAGGUGUAUAAAAGCAAGAGGCCAGGAGAGAGAGACAGACAGAGGAACACAGACAGACAGGAGCUGCAGGGAAACUAGUAUUCAUUUGUGCAGGUGUCAGCACCGUGGAGAGCUCGUAUACAACUCAGGAGUGACAAAACAUCUCUACUGUGAGUACUGUUGUUCUUAAACAUUAUUAGGACUAUAUAACAUAGAAAAUCCAUGCUUUUUGAAAACAUAUGGGUAACAUGAUGUGAACUGUUUUUCAUAAUUGGGAGUCUACAUGGAAUAUUUGAAGUUUUAAGUCAUUUGUUACACUUAAAGUGAUUCAAAUGUGGAGGGGGAACAAAACUUAAAUAGUGAGCGAUAAAUAUACAUUUCCCCUUAUACAUAUCUCACUUGUUAUGUGUGUUCUGCACUGGUUUACAGAUAGCCAUGACUAUACUGAGCAGUGGUCAGAUGCUUCUCUUUAUUGCGAUCUGCAGUGUGUUCUGCUGCGGGACUCUUGCACUGCCUGCGAUCUCGUCAUAUUCUGACAUGAGAUCAGAUGGUCUUGAUGAAGAUGACUGGAGCAGAGACCCGUCACUACAAGAUCUAGAUGCAUAUAAACUCCUGUAUGACAUCACAAACACAGUUGAGAGACCAACGAGACACGCUGAUGGACUCUUCACUAGUGGAUACAGCAAACUGCUCGGCCAACUUUCUGCCAAAGAAUAUCUCGAGUCGUUGCUGGCAAAGCGAGUCAGUGAUGAGUUGGGUGUGGAGCAGAUGCCAGUGAAACGUCACUCAGACGCCGUCUUCACAGACAACUACAGCCGGUACCGUAAACAGAUGGCGGCCAAGAAAUACCUCAACUCCGUUUUAGCAGGAAAGAGGAGGUGAUGCACUCAUUGAUAUACUCUAACAUAUUCUAUAGGUGAUGUGGACUGCAAGACUUCACUCUUUCUCUAUAUUGAUAUUAUAUAUUGAAGCUUACAGAGACAGAAUUCACAAACACGACACAAACUCAUUUAAAUCUCUAUAAUUCAGACUCGUCUGUAUUGGUGUAUCAAAGACAGCUUGUUAAAUGAUAUUUUCUGAUCUUUUUUUUGUGUUGUUGACAAAGCCGUUUCAUCUACCGAGAUCUACUCCUGUAAAUGAACUCAGAAUAAAACAAUAAAG